AUGUCAGAAAAGUGGACUAAAUUCGUUGGAUUCCUUGGUGCUGCUGCUAAUUGGACCAUUCCAAUUGCUUCAAUAAUGAACUUAAAAAAUGAUCCAUCUACAAUUGACCCAGUCAUGACUACUACAUUGGCAAGUUAUAGUAUGGUAUUUACGAGAUGGUCUAUUGCCAUUUCACCACCAAACUAUUGGUUACUUGCUUGUCAUGUUACCAAUUCUAUUGCUCAAGCAACUCAACUUGGACGUUGGGGAUGGUAUAAGACACAAGGUGAAAAACCAACUACAACAACCAUUACAUCUUCAAUACCAGAGGCAGUUCAAAAUAAAUAA